CCGCCGCCCUGUCGGCCUCUCGCCGCCCUGAUUGGCGCUCCUGGAAUGACGUAGACGGCCGCCUAGUCCUAUGGUGGCGGAGCCGGCCGGCCGGCCGGGUUUGGCGGAAGUGGUGUGGGCGAGGUGUCCCGCAGUGCGGAGAAGCCUCGCGCCGGAGGGUGCUGGGCACGCGAGCUGCGCUGGGGCCAUCACUUCCCCUCCCUCCGGGCGCCCGGAAGAUGACCCGCUUCGCGCUGACCGUUGUGCGGCAUGGAGAAACAAGAUUUAACAAGGAGAAAAUAAUUCAAGGACAAGGAGUAGACGAGCCUCUUUCGGAAACUGGAUUUAAACAAGCAGCUGCUGCUGGCAUAUUUCUUAAUAAUGUGAAAUUUACUCAUGUUUUCUCCAGUGACCUCACAAGGACAAGGCAGACUGUGCAUGGGAUAUUGGAGAAGAGCAAAGUUUGCAAAGAUAUGACAGUAAAGUAUGAUUCAAGGCUUCGAGAAAGAAAAUACGGGGUUGCAGAAGGCAGGGCACUAAGUGAGCUAAGGGCGAUGGCCAAAGCAGCUGGGGAAGAAUGCCCUGUGUUUACACCACCUGGAGGAGAGACAUUAGACCAGGUAAAAAUGCGUGGAAAAGACUUUUUUGAUAUUCUUUGUCAGCUGAUUCUGCAGGAGGCAGGUGAAAAUGAACAGUUUUCCCGAGGAGCUCCAAGCAACUGUCUGGAAACUUCUCUGGCAGAGAUAUUUCCCUUAGGAAAAAACUGUCCCUCUGAAUCUAAUUCAGACAGCAGUGCUCCAGGAUUAGUCGCCAGUGUCUUAGUUGUGAGUCAUGGUGCUUACAUGAAAAGCCUGUUUAAUUAUUUUCUGACUGACCUUAAGUGUUCCUUACCCACAAGUCUGAACAAAUCCGAAUUUAUGUCAGUCAGUCCCAAUACAGGGAUUAGUCUCUUUAUCAUAAACUUUGAGAAGGGACAAGAAGGGAAGCCAACAGUUCAGUGUGUUUGCAUGUACCUACAGGAUCAUCUCAGUGGAAUGACUGAAACUUGCUAAAUUUAAGUCUACAUCAAAAUCGAGCAGUUUUGAACCUCUGAGGGAGUGCCUUUGGCUUUAUUUCCAUCCUCUGCUAGUGCUGAUUUGGAAACCGUUAAAAAGCUAUGACCGCAGGUUAUGAAGUUUGACUGGAAUCGUGGCCACAGAGAACACUAAGGGAAGAAACCAUUUAGGACUGACUUAUUUUGUCUUGAGUACAGUCGUCAUUUUCCAAAGUAAUUUUACCACCCUGUUCAGUUACGUCUCUGGAUUGUUUAUGGAUCAACCAAUUCGGUAUUGCAAAUUGAGGUAUUAAUGACCUUGUUACUAUGGUUUUUUGUUUUUGUUUUAUGUUGAUUUUUUUGAUAUCUGAAAAAAUCUAGCCUGUUUUGUUGGCUCUUGGUAAGAUACUGUAUGUUUUUUACUAUCUCGUUCACUGCUUGAAAGAAGGAACUAUUUAUAAUUCCCACUGCAUAUUUAUAGUGAGAACACACUGUAUUUUAAGUCUUUAAAUUAAAA